AUGAUCAAGACCAACAAGUUAGAUAAUUUACAAUCUAAAGCUCAUACCAAUUGUCAACCAAAUCGCCCACCUUCUGUAGAAUCGCAAAACCAACAUACUUAUGCUGAAAAUUCACAAAAUCAGAUUUCUCAAGUUCAUAAAUCACCGAAUCAUCGUGACAAUACUGGAUCUUUGCCUUUUACCGCUAAUAAGUAUCAAUAUAAAAUACCUCAAAUGAAUGAAAGAUCUACUAAUCCAAGGGUUCAAUCCAGCAUUGAUCCUUUACUUGAUCAACCUAAUAAUUAUGGCAAACGUUCUUCUAAUCAAAGAAUUGAACCUGGCAUCAAUCCUUUACUUGAUCCACCUAACGGUUAUGGCAAAUGUUCUUCUAAUCAUAGAAAUGAACCCAGUGUCGAUCCUUUGCUUGACCAACCUAACAUGUGGGAAAAACCACUUAAGAAGCAUAUUGAUAUCCUCGAUUACGAUGUUUUCAAAACCCAGCAUUCAGGAGUAAAAGCAUUAAUGACCUUUGUCGCUAGAAGCCUCAAGAUACACGUUGAGUAUUUGAUAGCAGAAGCUAAAGGAAAAAAUCCAGAUUACACUUCCACGGUCUUAAACCGUAUUAAAGAAUUAGAUUGUAUUACAAUUGAUAUUGCGUUUCCGGCUGCAAGUCAUUUUCAGUAUGCUAAUCAACUCGAACUUAAAGAAGAACGAGAAAGUAACUUUAAUUACGGCAAUCAACAACCUGAAUAUGAGCUUAGUAAUAAUAAUAGCUUAAACCAUAAUGGUCAACAAAUCGAACUUAAUAGUGCUCAGCCUGAUGAUGACCAACGCUCUUACCAUAGAAAUAAUAAUUACCAAGGCUAUAGUAAUCAACACACAAUUAAUGGCAGUUUGGAUAAUAUCGAUAAUCAAGAGUUUGAAGAUAACUUAGAUAAUAUCAAUAGUAUAGAGCUUGAUCGGGAAUUUGAAGAUGACUUGGAGAAUAAUGAUAAUAUAGAGCUUGAUCGGGAAUUCGAAGACGACUUGGAGAGUAAUGAUAAUAUAGAGCUUGAUCAGGAAUUAGAAGGCGGCUUGGAGUAUAAUGAUAAUAUAGAGCUUGAUUGGGAAGCCGAAGACAGCUUGGAGAAUAAUGAUAAUAUAGAGCUUGAUUGGGAAGUCGAAGACAGCUUAAGUUCUAGUGAAUUAAAUGGCAUAGAUAAUGAAAGUGAACUUAACGAUAAUAUAAGUUGUUAUAGUUCUGAUGAUGACGAAAUAACGCCCUAG